UUUGGUGUAAUCUGUUCGCUUUAGCAUCUGUAUUAAACAUUCACGUUUAAAUGUGUGAAGUUUAAACGUGUAAACAAAUGCUAAACAAAAGAAUGUAUGGCUGACCUAGAGCUUCCUGAUGUGAUAACGUUUGUUUUUUGCGUCCUCUACAGUUCAUAUUCCGUUGCAGCGGCUCGUCUUGCAACUUGAGGUGUUGUUGGUUCAACGAUUAACUUUUAAGAACUUUGGGAUCGCGGUGGCUCGAUCUUGGUGUUGCUUAGAAGUCGAGCAUUCGUGAUUUACCAAUGCAGUUAAUUCAGGGAUUUUAUUUUUAAUGUUAUGUGCAUUUAUCUCACUUAAUGCGUCAGGCCGUGACUGGGUACGUGUUUUUGUUUGAUUGCAAACGCAUCGAGUUCUGAAUAAAAAAACUGAAUUGAGAUUCUUCAGAGUCCACUUCUAUCGUAAGGGUGAAACUGAAAGAUGUCUUCUAAGAUUCUUCUGACUAAUCUACGAACGACUGCGAGAUUUUGCCAAACAUGGAAUUUUCUGCAGAGACCCUGGACUCCUUUCCUAGCUUCUCAACAAAGUUGUGCCAUUCAUGUGGAUAGCCCACCCGGCAUCCCAACACUGACAACCAGUUAUGUCCACGGCACCUCCUCCCAUUCGCUGCUCUCUAGUACUGUGGACCAGUGUCUUCAAGCCUCAGUGGAGCGCCACCCUGACCGGGAAGCUUUGGUUUUUGUGCAGGAUGGAAUACGCAAGACUUUUGCUCAGUUUUACCAGGACGUGGAAAAGACUGCAGCAGGCCUGCUGGCUGUCGGGCUGAAAAGGGGUGAUCGCUUAGGGAUAUGGGGACCGAACAUCUAUGAGUGGAUACUGAUGCAGUUUGCCACAGCUAAGGCAGGGAUCAUUUUGGUUUCAGUGAACCCGGCUUAUCAAUUGCAAGAGGUAGAAUUUGCUCUCAGAAAGGUACAGUGCAAUGCAGUAGUUUGUCCGACUCAAUUCAAGACCCAAAGGUACUGUGACAUGUUAAGGCAACUUUGUCCAGAGAUGGAGACGGCUUCGCCUGGAGGAAUCAAGAGUUCAAGACUUCCAGACCUACACACUGUGAUCGUGACGGACAGUCAGCAGCCAGGAACUUUCCACUUAAAAGAUCUGAUGCAGGCAGGAAGCAGCCAACACCAUCAACAACUACAAGACCUGCAGAAGAAACUUGUUUGUGAUGACCCUAUAAACAUUCAGUUUACAUCGGGAACAACUGGAAAGCCCAAAGGAGCCACUCUGUCUCAUCACAACGUUGUGAACAAUGCUUAUUUCAUUGGCAUGCGGAUAGGCUACAACUGGAGGAAAAACGUGCGAAUUUGCUUGCCGGUGCCCAUGUAUCAUUGUUUUGGCUCAGUGGGUGGUUGUAUGGUCAUGGCAGUGCAUGGUACCACAGUGGUUUUCCCAUCCACUGGUUAUGACGGACGUGCCAACCUGGUGGCGAUAGAGAAAGAGAAGUGUACAUUUGUCUACGGCACCCCUACUAUGUUUAUUGACAUGCUCAGUCAGCCUGCCCUGGCCCAGAUUGAUUUGUCAUCAAUUGAGGGUGGUAUUUCUGCUGGAUCACCUUGUCCUCCUGAGGUCAUUCGUAAGGCCAUCAAUAUCAUGGGUAUUAAGGAAAUGGUGAUUGGGUACGGCACAACCGAAAACAGCCCUGUGACAUUCUGCGGCUUUCCAGUUGACAGCAUGGAACGAAAGACAGAGACUACUGGAUGUAUAUGCCCCCAUACUGAGGCAAAAAUAGUGAACCCUACUACAGGAGAGAUUGUGCCUCUGGGCGCUCAGGGGGAGCUGAUGAUCAGGGGAUACUGCGUGAUGCUGGAAUACUGGAAGGAUGAUGAAAAGACCAAGGAGUGCAUCACAAAAGAUCGCUGGUACAAGACUGGUGAUAUUGCCACUUUGGACAAGUACGGCUACUGCAAAAUAGAAGGACGCAUCAAGGACAUGAUCAUCCGAGGAGGAGAGAACAUCUACCCUGCUGAAAUCGAACAGUUUCUGCAUACACAUCCUAAAGUUCAGGAAGCACAGGUGGUUGGAGUAAAGGAUGAGAGAAUGGGAGAGGAAGUUUGUGCUUGUAUUAGACUCAAGGCUGGUCAGGAAUGCACUGCAGAAGAGCUCAAGGCCUACUGCAAAGGACAGAUUGCACAUUACAAGGUGCCACGCUAUGUAACAUUUGUUCAGGGAUAUCCUUUGACUAUCACAGGCAAGAUCCAGAAGCACAAACUGCGUGAGCAGACAGAAAAACAGCUUGGACUGUGAUUGCAAAAGCACCUGUGGUAUUUUUUAAAAACAGUUACAAGCAGGACAUCAAUGUAAGGACAUUAUGAGUUACUCGAAUAUAUUGUGAUUUAAUUGUUUUACAAGCUAUGUUUUUAAUUAAUCAUGUGAUUUUAUCAGGUUUUAUAUGUACAUGAUACUACCCUAUUAUGUUACCCUAUUUCUAAAAACCUAUUGGUGGCAUUUCUACAUGUUAAGGAUCAUGUACCUUUUCUUAAUUGUCUUUAUUUUGGUAUAAAUUGUUUUUGAAACCAAAUAAUUUUUAAUUGAACCAAAUAUAUACUAAUAUAUUAGCAUUAAAAAAAUAUGCAUGGUUACACUAGGUCAGUUUUAGGUAGAUAAAUGUAUAAUAAAAUGUACCUAAAUUACACUAUCAGUAAAAAAAAAAAACACUUUUUUUCAGCAGUCUCAAAUGAAAAUCAUCUUGGUUGGUUUCUGUGCACAUCUGCUCCCUAUUCAAUCUGAAGUUCAUAUGUUCUACAUUUUAUAUUAUUGUGAUAUCCAAAAAUAGGGUAUUUAAGGCACAAAUGCAGUCUUUUUGUUGGCAGUAAGGUAGUUUCCCCUCAUUGUGAUCUCAGGUGUGCCCUGUCGGUGUUCAUUUAGGCCUUGGUGCUUUCCUGCUUGGCUUGUGAUGUGAACAUUUUGAUGCUAGUAUUGAGACCAUAUGGAAAUAGGUCCUCUCACAGCAUUCUAAUGAGUCUGCUGGAAAGUAAUGGCUACUCUGGUUUGGACUAACACAUAGUUUCGUGAGGAUCAUUUAGGGUGAGACUUUAAAACUUAAGAGCUGGACAAAACUCCAGACAUUCUUUUCGAAUGUCCUUGCAGCUAAUAAUGGAAUCUGUCAUUCACUGCAUGCUACUCAAGGUCAUUAUUGGGUGGAUUCACUUGACUGUGUAAUGUAUUUAUUAAAAUUUACAAAGAUUUAUGGCAUCAUCACUUCCAGUAAAAGGAUCACCUAAUUUGGAAUCUAGCACAUGUGAACAUCUUAAAAAGGAGCUGAAAAUAUGUUAAGUGUCUCCCCCAUGUGUCCUUUAGUAGAACAGCAACUCAAGCAUUUUUUGCUUCUUUUCUUAUUUUUUGGAUUCAGAAGUGUAUUUUAAAUACAAUUUCCAUUUACACUACAGCUGAGGUCAGUAUUUGUUUUAAGGAAUGAAUACUUUUAUCCAAGAAGGAAGCAUUAAAUUGAUCAAAAGUGACAGUAAAGACAUUUGUAAUGUUUAAAGAUUUUUAUUUCAAAUAAAAGCUUUUCCUUUGAACUUUA